AAAAAAUUUCAACGGUCAUUUUUUUUCCCUGCCUAUAAAAGUGUGUUAAUAGGAUUUUAGACAACAAAAAUUUUCUUCAUUCUCCACAAACACCCUCCAAAAAAAAUAGUGUAUCAAUUAUGGCAGAAAGAAGUCGUAGCGCGAGAGGAAAAUCGUUCAACUCCGAUCAAGAUGAAGCAAUUUGUAAUGCUUACUUGUGUGUUAGUCAAGACCCGAUUAUCGGUACCAACCAACCACGAUCUAAAUUAUGGGAUCGGAUUGCAAAAAAAUAUACCGAAUUCACAGGAGGUGAUGUACGAUCGGAUGCUUCUAUCAAGUCUCGAUGGCAAGUCAUCCAGCAGGCUUGCAACAAAUAUCGUGGACAUUUAAGGCAAAUUCAAAGGCAACAUCAAAGUGGAAUGACAGAACAAAAUGAGAUUGAUCUAGCGAAGAGACAUUACAAAGAUACUGAGAAUAAACAUUUCGCCAAUUUGGAUUGUUGCUGGGCAAUCUUAGAACACAGUAUGAAGUGGGCGGAUUUAACCCCACCCCGGUCCGACCCAAGAUCGAUCUUCACAAAUGGACACGAGUUCAGUCCCUCCAUCUCCUGAUUUCUCUCAAAAUCCAAACUUAGGCUCUCCUGAUUUCUCUCAAGUUCCAAACACAGUGACUACAUUGGAAGAUAGCAAUCCUACAAGUGGAGGUAGUGUUCAGUCUCCAAAAAAGAGGCCUCUUGGAUGUAAAGCAUCAAAGGCAAAAUUAUUGAAGACCAAAAAAUUAGAAAAUGAGGAAUGUGAAUGGAUAAACUUAAUGGAAAAAUUCAACCAAACUACAUCUGACAAGGAAAGUAAGAGAGCUGAAAUGGAAGUAAGAAGAGUCGCGGAUUUGGAAAGGACUACGGCAAAUGAUGAGAGGAGGGUGGCGCUUGAGGAGAG